CGGAAAUGAGCGGAAGUCAUAUAGUGAACACCUACAACAUCCGCCGUAGUUUUGAAUUAUUUGAAAAGUGUCAUGUCGAUUUCGCAAGUUCUUGCGUACUUAUCUUGGUAAUAAGUUCAUAUUUGUAUUUUUUAUUGUUUUGGGGGGGUUUGAAGAGGGCACUUAAUAUACUCGAUAAACCGGAGGACGUUAUUACGAAGCGUUUUGCCGUGGUGGCGACUACCUCAGUUUAGCAGUAACUGUUUUGGAGUCCUAUUAAAGCUAACAAUUAUGUCCACGCUGUUCCCGUCCUUGUUUCCCCGAAUAACGGAGUCUCUGUGGUUCAAUUUGGACCGACCCUGUGUGGAUGAGACUGAGCUACAGCAGCAGGAGCAACAGCAUCAAACCUGGUUGCAGAGCAUUGCUGAAAAAGACAACAAUCAGCUGCCCAUUGGGAAAACUAUUUUUGAGGGAGGAGGAUACGAAGAGGAGGAGGAGGAAGACGACGAGGACGAGGAGGACAGCGAGGACGACUCAGAAGACGAAGAAGACAUGCAGGACAUGGACGAGAUGAACGAUUACAACGAGUCGCCCGAUGACGGGGAGAUCAAUGAGGUGGACAUGGAAGGACAAGACCAAGACCAAGACCAAUGGAUGAUUUAAGAAAGACUUUGGGACUUGUUAUUUACACACACACUCACCAGCCAUGGCAAUAUUUCACCCCCACAUCUUGAAAUACAGCUGCCGAAUCUUUUAUGAUCCAACACAUGAGCUUCUGCUGUCAGAUAAGUAUUAUUUUUUUCAACAAUAUCUUUAUUAUUGUGUUCUUGUUGGUCUGUUUUCAAUAGAUUGUGCUGGUGACUGCAUGCCCAUAGCAAAGCUAUGAGGCUCAUUAACAGUUCGCUUUUCAUUUGUUUGCAUCAACAAAUAAACAGAUUAUUUUCAUUUAA